AUGAUUGAUUAUCUACUGAUUUUCGCUGUGUUCCCGAUGAUUUUCGCUGAUUUGGACUUUUCUUUACAAUGCCAAAAGGGAUACCGAGUGACGGCAAUUCGGAGGAUCAAAAACGCGUACAGCAUCCUCGGCUCGUUGUCGAUCGAAUGUGAGCCAAUUUCAGAGGCGGCAACGACAAGCUGCGAUUCGUUGACGAAAUCGCCACAGUGCAAUGGUGGCAUUGAGGGAUGCACGGGGAACAGUUGGUUGUCCGGCUUUAAAGCGUAUCUCGUGGAAAAUGAGACACAAGCAACAAUUCUUGAUCCAAUUUGCUGCUCAUCGCCAUCAGUGACAAUCGAUCCAAUCUCGUGCAUUAAUGAUCAAAUCAAUAUGCCAAAGCGUUCAUUUUCGCACUCAAUCGUCUCCGAUUUAACCUAUCGCGGUGUUCAAUGUUGGCAUCAAUACGAUGCCGAAAGUCGUUUGGUUGAUCUCAUUUGGAAAGUCGAAAUUUGCGGCUUUCAGAGUCGAUCUGUUAAUGAAAAUUUGUCAAGUUGCUCUGAGUGCAAAUGCGAGUGCGGCAUUCGGCAAUGUGGUGAUGGGAGAGAGCCGAUACGAGUCGUGCACAAAAGAGCGAAUCGACUGCUAGACGCCUCGAAUUGCUCGUGUGACUGUCAAUGCACAUAUAAAUGCCCC